AUGGGAUGUGGGGCCUCACAAGCGACGCACACACAAGGCAAGUACACCAGCCAAGAGCACCAGAUUCAGUCUCUCUCCACUGGCUACUUUGUGGAGAAUCGUUUGGGUGAGGGGGACUUUUCAUUAUUCUUCGAGCCAGAUGAUGCUUUGAGCUUGAAGCACGGUGACUUUGGUCGCUUUAUUAUAGCUCAUCAACGUGUGACCAAGCAAGUGGCUGCGAUUGAGCCUAUUGGAAAAGCAUCGACAUCACGCGAUGGCUUGGAGAAGCAUAUGUCCAUCCUCAGGAGCCUUGGACAUCCCAACAUCACCAGGCUCAAGGAGGUUUGCGAGGAUGAAGCCUCGUACUACCUGGCAUUUGAGUUUUGCAUUGGUGGCGGGUUGAUGGAGGCAGUUGAGGAGCGUUGCAUGCGUCAGCCAGCGGAUGCUGUUCUGGUUGCGACAUGUGCCAGCUUUCAAGUUCUGAAGGCGGUGGAGUAUAUGCAUCAGAAGGGCAUUUGUCACCGGAACCUGAGCACGGAUGCCGCACUCCUGCAUUCCAAGGAUGAUGACCUCCAGAAGUGGCAGGUGGUGGUUCACGAUUUUGCCCAUGCCUGCCAUUUCACCAAGAACAAACGCAUGACCGAGAAGGUCAACUCUAAAGAAGGCUUCCGGUCGCCCGAGAUGGCUGCAGGGUCCGGCUACACCCAGGCCUGCGACAUCUACUCCUGUGGCGCCAUUCUAUGUGCGCUGCUGUUUGGCAAUCCAAAUCCUGAAGCGGGGACGUGGAGGAAAUCCUUGAGCACAGCACAGACAUUGGUCUUCAGGAUGAUGACUUCAGAGGCUGCUCGCCCCACUUCAGCCGAGUGUUUGGAAGAUCCCUUCUUUAAGACCAUGGAGGAUAUUGGUCGUGGAGAGGAGAUUUCAGCUCGACAUCUUGAAAAUAUGCAAAGAUAUUGCAGAGCCAACAAGCUCAAGAAGUUGGCCAUCCACGUCUCCGCUUCGCACUUGAGUGGCCCUGAAGUGCUUCGGAUGAAAGACAUGUUUGAGCUGGUCGAUGCUGACAAUAGCGGACAGGUUAGCCUUGCUGAGCUGAAAAAGGCGAUGCAGGAGUUGAUGUGCCAUGGUGGCUAUCGUGCACGUGCGGCCAUUCCUCAAGACGUCGAAAGGCUGAUGGACCUUUUGGACGUGGAUGGCAGCGCCACCAUUUCAUAUCCUGAAUUCAUCGCUGCUAUGACUGAUAGGAAGCAUUACACCACUGAUGCCACUUGCCUGGCCGUGUUCCAGAUUUUUGACACCAAUGGAGACGGCCACAUCAACAGACAUGAGCUGCAGCAAGCCCUGAAGUCCAAAACAUUCAAGGAUUUGGACUUCAACCUGUUCCCUGCGAUUGAGGAGGUGAUGUCUUCCGACAAGGAUGGUGAUGGCAACAUCGACUUUGAGGAGUUCAAGGCCAUGAUGCGUGACUCCGCCAGUGAAGAUGUGAAGCUCCUGGGGCGGACCCGUGACCCGGGGAAAGCAGACCUUCUUAAGAAGUCACCGCAGGAUUCCUGGGCGCAUAGGUUUUGA